GUGAACACACUUCAAUUGUGUGCUAAUCUCGGCUCGAAAUGCAUCCAAUUUGGAUUUUUUGUGGAGUCAUUUUGACCAUUUACGGCCUUCUGAAGCACUACCUCAAAUCCACGGUUUGGUGCCGGAGCAAGACUUGUCUUGUGGGCAAAACUGCAAUAGUCACCGGAGCAAACACAGGAAUUGGGUAUGAAACGGCCCUGGACUUUGCCAAAAGGGGCGCUCGGGUGCUCCUCGCAUGCCGCGACGCGCAAAAGGCCGAGCACGCCAAAACCCGGAUAAUCCAAGAAACCGGAAAUGGCAAUAUUGUGGUCAAAAUCGUGGAUUUUGCCUCUUUUGAGUCAGUCCGGGCGUUUGCAAACACGGUGAAAGCGACGGAAAGUCGCUUAGACAUUCUAGUCAACAAUGCCGGAGCUUCCGGAAUUCCGGACAAAAAAUCCAAAGACGGUCUAAAUCUCCUCAUGCAAGUCAACUAUUUCUCCAGUUUCCUCCUCACUAACCUACUCAUCGACUUGUUGAAAAAAUCCMGGCCCAGUCGCAUAGUCAACGUCUCUUCCUUGGCCGCAAAAUACGCCCGAUUCGAUUUAGAAGACUUGAACAGAUUCACCGGAAUCCACACGGAUUAUGCCAACAGCAAGCUUUGUAAUAUUUUAUUCACGAUUGAGUUGGCGGAGAAGUUGCAAGGGAGUAGCGUGACGACGUUUUCGCUCCAUCCCGGAGUCGUGGAUACUGAAAUUUUCCGAAGGAUCAAGGGCCAACACAAGGCCGUUUUUGAGUUUUUCAGGGAUCAUUUUUUCCGGACGAGCGAGGAAGGGGCUCAGACUACGAUUUAUUGCGCGYUUGAGAGGAAUAUUGAGGAUUUGAGUGGCGAACAUUUCGAUAAUUGUGAAAGGGUUGAGCCGUAUAAGACCACACAGGUGAAGGGACUCGCGAAGAAGUUGUGGGAAAAGUCGGAGAAGUUUGUCGAGCUGAAAGCGGAAGAAAUGCACUUUUGAUGAUCAAUAAAGUUGCAAGAGUUUGGUUA